ACUUGAGCGAGCGGGGUGCGCUUCAAGCACAUGCUUGGGGAUAGCGGGGUGUGUCGAUAUUGUUCGAUUUUCUUCAGAGAGGGACCUUUCAGUCGAAUGCUGUACUACGACAAAAGAAGAGUCAUAAUAAUGCUUUUGGCGUGAAGAGCUCGUAAAGUGACAAUUGGCACACCUCAACUCAUGGAUAUAGUUGAGUGAGUUUUUACAGUUGUGAUAUUGUUGAUCAUACAAUCCAAGGUCUCUUCUAUACCGUUCUGAGUCUAGACUAAAACGUACUGGCUGAAAAGUUUGACAGAUUUUUGGAUGCAAACAUAUGUAGUACUCCAGUCAAGAUGUGAAGGACCAUGUAAUUAAGCUGCAAUGUAUCAUAAUAUGUGAACGUUACCUGCCAAUGAAGUAAAGUGUGUAUUUAUGUCAGAACAAAAUCGACUUUUCUAAUCUCUUAUCCAACACAGUCGACUUCAACUCGCAAUAUUGUUCUUGUGUGAUACAUGUGAGAAUUUGCUUGUUAAAGAGCCCCACUGUUCUCACCAUCACCAACUGAUGCAGAAUAGAUCAAAGUCCACAUCAGCCACUCCAAGGACGUAGUCAUGGAUCUCGGAGAGGUAGAAGCAAUCGUCAUCGACAACGGUUCUGGGAUAUGUAAGGCAGGGUUCGCCGGGGAUAAUGAACCACGAUCAACCUUCCCAUCCAUUGUAGGAAGACCACGACAUAACAAUGUUAUGACAGGGACGCAGCUGAAGUCGUCGUACAUCGGCAGCGCCGCCCAGAACAUGCGCGGCAUCCUCACGCUCCGCUACCCGAUCGAACACGGUGUCAUCAUCCACUGGGACGAUAUGGAGAAGAUCUGGUCCCACAUGUUUUACAGUGACCUCAGGGCAGUACCUGAGGAUCACCCGGUCCUGAUGACAGAGGCACCGCUUAACCCCAAAACCAACAGGGAGAUCAUGUUGCAGACGUUGUUCGAGAAGUUCAAUGUUCCGGCUUUCUACGUCAGCAUCCAAGCUGUCCUGUCCCUCUACGCGUCAGGAAGGACCACUGGUGUUGUCUUUGACUCGGGGGAUGGUGUCACCCACACCGUACCUGUAUACGAAGGUUACUGUAUGCCGCAUGCUGUAGGGAGGUUCGAACUGGCCGGAAGGGAUCUGUCCAAGUACCUCGCCACGAUACUCACAGAGAGGGGCUACUUUUUAAACACUUCAGCCGAACUGGAGAUCGUCCGUGAGGUGAAGGAGCACCUGUGCUACGUCGCCGGCGACUUCGACAGCGAGAUGGAGCGAGCACAGCGUGACGCAUCCCAGGAGGCGCACUAUGAACUCCCUGACGGUGAGAUCGUCACCAUCGGCAACGAGAGAUUCCGAUGUCCGGAGGCUUUAUUCCGACCUACCCUUGUCGGCAUGGAGAACGUUGGCGUCCAGCACUACCUCUACGGUAGCGUCGCCGCUUGUGAUAUCGAUAUCAGAAGAUUAUUAUACGGAAAUAUCGUCCUCUCUGGCGGCAACACCAUGUUUGAAGGCAUGGGAACGCGACUGGGGAAGGAGAUGCAGCGACUAGCACCUACUGAUGUCCCUGUUAAUAUCAUUGAGACUGAGGAUCGAAAGAACUCUGUCUGGAUGGGUGGUUCGGUCUUGUCCUCUUUAAGUACUUUUUGCAAUAUGUGGAUUACGAAAGAAGAAUACAAUGAAAGUGGUGCCGGGAUUGUCCAUCGAAAAUGCUUCUGAUGUGAACAAAAUACGGACGCGUUCUUUAAGUCGCAAAAACACAUAUUUGAUCUGCGCUUUGUUAUAUUUCUAUGAAGCAAUAUUGGAUUUGUAUGAUGAAUAGGUGAUAGCCUUAUCGAUCGCAGUGUUUCUCAUGUGAACUAGGUGAGGACGCAUUAUACUGAAGAAUAUGGAACAGUCUGGGGAAUAGUCGAAAUGCGAUUUGAGUCCCUUUUGAGACUAUAGAAGACAAAGUGGAAUGUAAGUGUAGGGAAUAGUGUAUUAAAAUGGAUCUGAGGUAACUCAUGGGAAACUAACUGGAUAUUCGAUCUAUGGUUCGACCUAAAUCCUGAUUGAAGGAACAUGGAUAAAUAAGGACGUGAGUGGACCGAUGAUAGCCGUCGGAAACCUUUUUAGAUCAACUCAAGUUUUUCAUAUCAAUUUAUUUGACUGCAGUAUGUGUCGCAACACGAAGCAGACGGAUGCUUUUCUCUCGGCACUAUAUUCAUGAUAUUGAAGCAAUCUGUAUCACGAUCGAAUAAUAAAGAGACAUCAGAAUCAAGCUUCUACGGGAGGCGAGCGCGUACGAUGCUUCCAAUAAAUAUACGGUACAAGUGAAUCGAGAGAACUUGGUGUUUUGGCCAAAAAUUAACAACUUCAUUAUUAUUAAGUGUAAUAUUAUAGGCCUAUGUGUUAUCAUGGUAAUUUUCGGCGGUCUUCUUGGUUUAGCCUCACUGGUAUGGAUAGUAAGCUUAACUCUCUUUCUACGAAUGUAGCUGUUAGUGCUAUGAUUCUAAGAAAAAAAUGCAUUCUUGUAUGUUGCAAACACCUUCAUGUUCGCUUCAUGAUUUUUCUGUAAAUUGAAUUGAUUUCGUGUUUGAUUUUGAAUAAAAUCUUUCUAUGAAAGAAGAAGAAAAAAAAAAUGUUGCAAACACCUUAUACGAAGAGGCUGUCACUUCGGAAGAAAAGAUUUCAAUUUCUUGUAAAGCUUCAUUGAUGUAUUGUUGCAAGCAUCCAUUUAUAUAACAUCUAUUUAUUUAACUUUCCGUAACAGUUAUACAGGCAUGUGGUUUUGUAUUUUAGUCCUACAUUUUCAGAAAAUCAAUUGUCACAUUUUUGAUCAUUUUGAAAUCUGUCGAAAGCUUUAAUUGUUUUCACUGGAUAACUCAAAAGUGUCUUAGAUAUCAUAAAUCAAUCCUAAUGACUCAAGCGUGCACUCUGGAAAAAUAUAUUACCGAUCGUUGGUUUAACAGGUUUCAUAUAAACGAAGUUAGAUAUUGACAGCCAACAGUUGAUUAUGAUUAUCAUAACCAACCUUAGAUUUUGACCAACCAUUUAAGAGUUACAUCCAUGAAUAAUUAUAUAAUACCGAAUAAGCAUGUGAGCUUGCUUCAUACAUUAACAUACGGCGCGGCGGGUGAGCGACUAAUCGGCGACUAAUCGGCGAUUGAACGACGACUAUUGAGGAAGGGGAGGAGGUAAUGCACUACAUGUGACUUAUUAAGUUAUUGAGUCGCAGACCAGUCAAAGACAAGACGUCGCAUAAGAUUCCCUUUGGCAUUGAACUUUAACAAGUGGAUAUGACCAAGCCGGGUCUCGUGUGGAUAUAAACUUCCAGCAAGUCAGAUAACAGAAUUAAUAUAUGAAGUCAUAAACAUAACAUGGCAUUCAGGGCUCCGUAACAAAAGGUUUGCGAUGAAUUCCAAUUAUGAAAGAACCGCACUGAUUGGUUCCCUAUCAAUAUUUUAAACAGAGUGCGCAUACAACGAUGAUCUUGAUUGGCCGUUGGUGUUUAGCGAUUGACUGCAAACCUUUGUGCUACGGAGACCAGGAUCGCAAGGUGGACUUUAAUUUUAGGGUACUUUGGGGGUAAAAUAAUGUGAAGACAUAGAUUUAUCUAGUUAUAUGAUGUAUACAAAUAUAUAUAUCAAGUGAUGAUAAGGAAACCUCUAUUGACAAAAAAAGAAAAGUAACAUAUCUUUUGGAAAACUUUCGCAAAAGACGGUCAAAAACAGGAUUUUUUUUACAUAAUGUUCGUGAAAUUAUAAUAUUGCAUGUAAUUAUGAUAAAAUGAAAGUUGAUUGAAAAAUUUAAUAUAUAUGCGUAACAGUGCCAAUAAGGAUUUUUAUUGUUUUAAUAAAUAUAAAUGAAUAAAGGAAACUUCAUACCUUUGAUUUAUUCGUUGGUUUGAAUCCAAUAAAGUGAAUUUUCUAUGGAACAAUUA